CGGCCGGGAGCCGGGAGCGGCGAGCCAGGAGCCAGGAGCCGGAGCCGGAGCCCGAGCGCAGAAGCGGCCCCUCCGCGGAGCCGGGGCCCAGCACUGCAGCAGGCCUCAUGGCCAUGGACGUGGCAGAAUACCACCUGAGCGUCAUCAAGAGCCCUCCUGGCUGGGAGGUGGGUGUCUACACCGCUGGGGCCCUGGCGCUGCUGGGAAUUGCAGCUGUGAGCCUGUGGAAGCUCUGGACAUCGGGGAGCUUCCCCAGCCCCUCCCCGUUCCCAAACUACGACUAUAGGUAUCUUCAGCAGAAGUAUGGCGAGACCUACGCAGAGGCCAAGCAGAAGAGAGCGCCUGCCGGGAAUGCCCAGCGGGCCAGCACUCGGGGGCCGCCCAGUCGCAAAGGCAGCCUCAGCAUCGAGGACACCUUUGAGAGCAUCAGCGAGCUGGGGCCCCUGGAGCUGAUGGGCCGGGAGCUGGACCUGGCCCCCUACGGGACGCUCCGCAAGUCCCAGUCGGCUGACUCCCUGAACUCCAUCUCCUCGGUGAGCAACACCUUCGGGCAGGACUUCACGCUGGGCCAGGUGGAAGUGAGCAUGGACUACGAUGCCGCCUCGCACACCCUCCACGUGGCCGUGCUGCAGGGCAAGGACGUGCUGGAGCGCGAGGAAGCCAGCUUCGAGUCCUGCUUCAUGCGCGUCAGCCUGCUGCCCGAUGAGCAGAUCGUGGGCAUUUCCCGGACCCAGAGGAACGCCUACUCCAUCUUCUUUGAUGAGAAGUUCUCCAUCCCCCUGGACCCCGCAGCCCUGGAGGAGAAGAGCCUGCGGUUUUCAGUGUUUGGCAUCGACGAGGAUGAACGGAACGUCAGCACGGGGGUGGUCGAGCUGAAGCUGUCCGUCCUCGACCUCCCACUACAGCCCUUCAGUGGCUGGCUCUACCUACAGGACCAGAAAAAGGCUGCCGACGCCGUGGGUGAGAUCUUGCUGUCCCUCAGCUACCUCCCUACGGCCGAGCGCCUCACUGUGGUGGUGGUGAAGGCCAAGAACCUCAUCUGGACCAACGACAAGACCACGGCAGACCCCUUCGUCAAAGUGUACUUGCUUCAGGAUGGGAGGAAGAUGAGCAAGAAGAAGACGGCCGUGAAGAGGGACGACCCCAACCCAGUGUUCAAUGAAGCCAUGAUCUUCUCGGUGCCCGCCAUCGUGCUCCAGGACCUGUCUCUCCGUGUGACGGUGGCUGAGAGCAGCAGCGAUGGCCGAGGGGACAACGUGGGCCACGUCAUCAUCGGGCCAUCAGCCAGUGGCAUGGGCACCACGCACUGGAACCAGAUGCUGGCCACACUGCGCAGGCCUGUGUCCAUGUGGCACCCCGUUCGGCGAAACUAGCAGCUGGCAGACGGGCCAGGGUGGGCACUGAGCUGCCUGGGGCCCGGCGCGAGCUCCGCUCCGAUGCCCCUCUGUAGUCCAGCGGGAGCCGUAAAUGCUGGGGUCCCCCACUGGAGCCCCUGUGAGCCGUCUUGGUCCGUCUGUCCAGACUGCAGUGGAGGAGCGGGCCUGGCCGGGUGUCGAGGGACCCAGGAUUUUCUCCCACUGAGGACCCACUGUGGCUGGGCCAUGACCCAGGAACGGGCAGCCUGGCACUGGCCCUUUGUGCCCCCAUUUUGAGACCCCCUCACAGGCUGCUGGGAGGCCAGUGCCAAGCUCGGCCACAUACAGGAACGGAGUGAGUCCUGGGGGCCAGGCGCUGGGCUGGGGACCAGCAGGUGUGACAGGAACAGGACACAGCCCCUAGGAUGUCCGGAAGGCAGGACCUCCUCCCCGCCGCCCCCCCCCCCCCGGGGAUCCGCGCGGUGCCGAAUGUGGACUUGGGAGGGCUCUGGGGUCUGCCAGGAUGAGAUGGGAGCCGAGCCCUGAGGGGCAGGGCAAGAACUAAGUGUGUCCCACGCAGGCAGCCGGCCUGAGCAAGGCAGGGACAUGAACUUCCCCAUCACGAACUGUCCUACUGCAGUGGACACAAGGGCCUUUCUCUGCGCAAGAGAAGUGACCAGGAGACCCAGCCAGGCAGAGGCCAGCAGGGUGCAGCGGACGCUGGCUCCAGAAUCACGCUCUGUGAAACCUGCUCCCUUGAACCAUGACCCUUGCAAAGCCGAAAGGGCCGAAGAGGCCCAGAGCCAGGUCCCUGUGUUCGGUCCCAACUGAAUUAGGCUUUGGCUCCACGGCGUUUGUGGGGUGUCCAGGCCAGGCGCUGUUGGGAAAAGAGAUGCCUGAGCCUCUAGGGAGCUGGAGGGCAGAGGAAGGGCCAGAAUGCAGACUGCAGGGGGUCCAUGGGAGAGGUCUCCGUGGGCCGCCCUUGCCUGGUGUAGCAGGAGGCCCUUGAGCUGGGCCUUAGACGAAAGGGGCUGCCUGAGUGGGGGCAGUGAGGGGAA